AUGCGAUUGAGUAAAAUACUCACAAUGGUACUGUGUGAUGGGGAGCGUGUAUGCAACAGAUGCCAAACGGACGAUACCCGCUGUGAUUACAACCAGGACGCGGGCCACCAGUGGGAUAAAAGAUCUACGAUAGCUCUCCUUGAGGCACAGAACAAACAGCUAAAGGAGACAGUACAAACGUUGUACGAAUACAUUCGAACUGGCCAUAACAUACCAGUACUGCCAGGUCGGAGCUCAGGAAACGACCGCCCACUCUUGCACGACAUCGUGGAAUAUGUUAAUACACCGCCCGUGCGAAUGGAAACCAGUACCGACCAGUUGCAGCAGCAGGUCCCAUGGCUGGGCACUACAUCCACUUUGUCUCUACCACAACCGCAGCCAGAAACCUCGUCAUAUCUAAGCUUUGCUGCGACUGAGUCUCAACGGAGUAACUUCAUGGCACCUUCAAUGCAACCAGAUCUUCCGUUAACGGAGUACAACUUAGCACAGGUGGACCACGAGCUUCUAGGAAGCAGCUUUGACCUACAGGAGUUUUUGUCGUUCGCGGAAGCAGACCCAGUAGAAGCGGCAAGAUCGCGUCGAUGGCUAUAG